CCUAGGUCUCACACUUACAGUCUUCAUUCCCUUUAAUGUACUGGCAAGAAUACAUUUCCUGAAAACCUUAAGACCACCAGGAAAACAAAGGUGAAAGUCAGAAGAGGAAGAAAAGACCAGUGGCUAGGGCAGUGUGGUUGCAGAGACCUAGGCCCUCGGGGACGUGGAAGGCAGACCAGCCUCCUGAAUUGCUUCCAGAGAUGGCUUAUCUUACUUUGCUUUUGGCUAUUCUGCAUGUGCACAAAGCACUGUGUGAAGAGACAUUUUGGGACACAACUGUUUGGCUUUCUGGGACUAUGACUCUGGAAUGUGUGUAUCCAUUGAUGGAUAACUUAACCCAGGUGGAGUGGACCAAGAUCAGUGGCAAAGAAGCUGUGACCAUAGCUGUUUACAACCCUAACCAUAGUAUGUAUGUAGAGACUAACUACCUCGGCAGAGUGCACUUUCCAAACUCAACGCAGGGGUUCCACAACAUGAGUCUUUCCUUUUACGAUGCCUCUGAAGCAGAUGUUGGCACCUACUCCUGCUUGUUUCAUUCUUUCCCGGGUGGACGUUGGGAAAAGAAGAUAAAGGUGGUCCAGUCAGGUAGUUUUGCAGCAGCAGUGUCCCCGAAUAGCUACCUGUCUGCAGAACCUGGACAAAAUGUCACACUUAGUUGCCAGCUUCAAAGGAGCCAGCCAGUGCAGCACGUCAUAUGGGAAAAAGUCCAGCCCCAUCAAGUAGACAUCUUAGCCUCCUGUGACCUAUCUCAAAGGACAAGUUACAUGUCAAAGUACCCAAGACAAACAUGGAGCAACUGCAGCCACGGGAGCACGCAAAGUGUCCUCAUCAUCCGUGAUGCCAUAGCUGCUGACUCGGGACUUUACAGAUGCCGCUCUGAGCCCAGCACAGGAGAAAAAACCGUUGUAAUCAAGCUGAUCAUAACUGAUGGUGGAGCUAGUAAACAUUUUGUCCUUCUCAUUGCUGGAGGGUCAGUUUCACUGUUCCUUGUCAUCCUAAUUAUCAUCGUUAUCAUUUUUUAUAACAGAAGGAGAAAAAGACAGGUGAGAAUACCACUUAAAGAGCCCAGGGAUAAACAAAAUAAGGUAGCCACCAAUUGCAGAAGUCCCACUUCUCCCAUCCAGUCUGUAGAUGAUGAAACAGAGGACAUUUAUGUGAACUAUCCAACCUUCUCUCGAAGACCAAAGCCAAGAUUAUAAGGUGUUCUGCCUGAGCAAAGUAGUGACGACUUCUAUGGCUUGGAUUUGCACCAAUGCUCUUUUCACCACCAGUAUCUAUCUCGAUAAAAAGAUUGAUUGCCUUUAUUUCAUUUCAUAUAAAGAAAUAAUUUAUCUUGGAACAUCCUUAGUAUAGAUGCAUUAGAAAGCCCAAACUAAUUAGCUCACAAGUACAAGGCAAUGUCCAUUAAGUAACAGAAAAAACCUAGAGAAGACCAAGCACCUCAUGGCUUUCUUGUUGAGCCUGAAAUUAAUGGUGGGCAUAAGGUUGAUUCUGGAUCAUCCUGAUGGUGUUGGUUUCACUUACAUACUUCUGGUCCUACUCUCAUGCUGCCUCCCUCAGAUGCUCUCAUGAUUGUUGCCAAGGUGGAAAGCUUACUGAUCAAACAUUAGAAACAAAGUUGCAUCAUCAGCUUAAUUCAAAAGAGUACAUGUAAAGGAAUGGCCAGGGAUGAGAUAUGUAUGUAAUCAUUUCUUCCCUUUCUAGUUUCAAGUAAAUUCAUCUCUAAUUCUGUAGAGAAUUCUUGCUAUCCAUGCAGUCUUAGCCUUCUAUAUAAUGAGAUGGUCCAAUAAGAAAUAAUGCUUUUAAUAAUGGUUUAUCUACUUUUGAGAAUUAUUUUAAUAUGUAAGUUUUUAAGUUAAAAAACUUGCAAAAUGAACAUAUGAAAAGAUCUUGGUGGAAUACAGUACAGGAAUUUG